GCGAGUGCGCCGCGCCCCCUCGGCCCCGAUCAGGAAGCGGAUCGGAGAGGAAAAGCGCUGGCUAGAAUGACACAGAAGCAGCGCUGAGCUGUAGGAGAGACUGCGGUUAAACAGAGGACCAGCUCCAACACGGCAUCACAGCGUCAUCUCACCAAAACACACAGCAACGAGAAAAAUGCUCAUCAAAGAAUUUCGAGUGAUCCUACCCAUUUCUGUGGAGGAGUACCAGGUAGGUCAGCUGUACUCAGUAGCCGAGGCAAGUAAGAAUGAGACGGGGGGAGGAGAGGGCGUGGAGGUCCUGAAGAAUGAACCAUACGAGAAAGAUGGAGAAAAAGGCCAAUACACACACAAAAUCUACCACCUGCAGAGUAAAGUACCAUCAUUUGUGAGAAUGCUAGCACCAGCUUCAGCUCUUAACAUUCAUGAGAAAGCCUGGAAUGCAUACCCAUACUGUCGCACAGUAAUCACGAACGAGUACAUGAAAGAGAAUUUCCUCAUCAAGAUAGAAACAUGGCAUAAACCUGACAUGGGUCAUCAGGAGAAUGUGCACGGUCUGGACCCUGACACCUGGAAGAAGGUGGAUGUGGUGUAUAUUGACAUCGCUGACAGAAGUCAGGUGGAGCCAAAGGACUACAAACCAGAUGAAGAUCCGGCCAAGUUUAAAUCUGCCAAGACGGCCCGAGGACCCCUUGGGCCUGACUGGAAGAAAGAACUGCCUAAAAAGACAGACUGUCCGCACAUGUGUGCGUACAAACUGGUAACAGUGAAGUUCAAGUGGUGGGGACUGCAAAACAAAGUGGAGAACUUCAUUCAGAAGCAAGAGAAACGCUUGUUCACUAAUUUCCACCGGCAACUAUUCUGCUGGAUUGACAACUGGAUUGAACUGAACAUGGAUGACAUUCGCAGGAUGGAGGAGGAGACUAGGAGGGAGCUGGAUGAGAUGAGAGUGAAGGACCCCGUAAAAGGGAUGGUGGCUCUUGAAGAUUGAAUCUUCUGUAUAUAGACGGAGUGUGCUACAAUUUUUAUUGGUGUGUAACAGAGGUGUCGGCUGCAUUGCCGUAUUGUGAAAUUAUAGGCUUCCCAUGUCGUCACUUGUUAGGAAAAUUUCCCUCGAAAUAUACAUUAUAAAUGACUUAAUUCUACUUAAUGACUGGCCUCAUGUUACACAGUUGUGAGUUUUAAAAUUCCUCAUCCUUCGUCUUUCUCCUCCUACUUCUUGAUAAGUAAUGUAAUCUAAGUUACAAUCUCUCUCACUCUCUCUCUAGCACUCAUUUAUAUAAGUAUUAGACAUCAGCUUCAUCAAAUUGGAAGAAUUCAUAAAUGAAAAUAACCAGGCUGAUAAUAGAGUAUAAGAAAUAGACACACAAAAAAGAUGAAUAGCACUUAUAUAUAACAAAACAAUCAUUUCCCAUGCACCAUCACAAAACCGACACACCACAGAGAGACACAAUAAGCUAAUUAAUAUGUCAAUAUCAGAUGGUGGUUCUGUAUAUAUUCCCUACAUAUUGGGAGGUGAGCUAUUUUCAGAGCUGUAUAAACAGUUUUUCCAGUAAUUACUCUUAGUAAUUAAUCUUAGAUGUGUUUUGCGGACCAAGCUGACUCUCCUCAGUGCUCUGUUUUGAACUUCUCGUGAUGUCCUUAUUGUUAUUUUAAAAUCUUAUUAUAUUAAUUACAUCUUCCACUGAAGCGAGAGCUCAUUUGAAAAGUGGGCCUCCAGAAUGACAGGUGCUCAUUUGUGUAUUCAGAGGUCAAGGCAGGGUGCCAGCCUACUAUAUUAAAUAUAUUAUUAUUCAUCAUAAGGCAAAGAAAGUCAAUAAAAUAAGAACACUGCAGUGAUUGCUCUGUGCCUUCUUGAGCUUCAUACAAGUUUACCAGCACAUCCUUUGUCUCACAGAGCAAGUGUUGAUCAGUAUAUUGUGCUUCUCUAUGGAUCAUUUAGGAUGUUUCACAACCUUUUUUCGUCCUCUGUAUACAGAAUUUGUGCUUAAACAUUGUCCUUUUUCUCUAUUUCUUUCAUUAAGUGCUUAAUUUCCUUGUUAUUUCCUGUUUGCAUGUGGGAAAGGACAGAAGAGAGUUACAGAAAUAAGGAAAGUACAUGUCUGUGUGUGCAUGCAAAUUUAUGCUAGAGGGCUACAUGGCUCAAGCAUCCAGUCUCCAGCCAUUUUUUGUUGAGAUGACUUCACAGAUCAACAAAGCAUGCCAGAUUUUAAUAGUGCACAGGUAAAAUAUCUGUUUAUGUGUAUUUUUUUUUUCAUUUAUGCCUUUUCAUUGAUGUAUACUAAUUUCAUCUGAGAAGUAGACUCUACUUGAAAGAUAACAAAGGUUUGUUGUGCUUAUUUGAAGUCUUUGGCCCAUUCUCACACUUCUAACUGAUAAAAGGAAACUUUUAUCCAGAUUUUAGCAAUAAUGUUCACAUUUCCAUCUCAUCUCACAGCUUUUUUCAAAACUAAAACUUGACUCAGAGUCUUUUAGUGAUUAAUUCAUACUGUUCCCAAAAUGUUGCUAAGUGUCAGCACUCGACUGGAUUCAGGAAACAAGGAUUAAUUUGAGUAUGGUUGUCUGACUGUAUUUUCUAUGUAUAACACAGUGUGUGUGUGUGUGUGUGUGUGUGUGUGUGUGUAUCUGAAAUUAUGUUAUUGAGGGAUGUUUAAAAUAUGGCUGGACUGAGGGUUGCACUCUCAUCCAUGUAGCUGAGUUACACAUUCAACACUGUACAAUCCCAUUAGCAAUACUCCACAACUGCAUCGGCCCUAAGAACCCUAUCAUGGAGCUGUUUGGAUGUAUGUUUUGAAUUGUACAUAG